ACACGGAAUAUGGACAACGUUAAUAACCAGGUACAGCCCUAAAUAGUUCUUGUGGCUUUCCUCUUCUGAAUUCUUUGGCAUGCAUGUUUUUUUUGCGCACAAUUUGCCAAAGUUCUGUCAAACCGAAAAAGUGAGUGAAGUACUGAAACUAUAAAGAAGUAGUGUAAGUGAGCUAAAUUUCAUACCAAUUUCCAUUCCACAACUUCUUCAAAUGGUUAUCACCCAAUAUUCCAUAAAAAACCAAUCGAGGGAUGGAGAUCAAGAAGCCGGAGAAGAAGGAAAGCUAAGCCAAGAAUGCAAGGAACUUCUUCUUUCUCUUCCCAAAGAGAAAGGGUGGCGAACCUCUCAUCUCUACAAAUACCAAGGCUUUUGGUGCCAGUCAAGGGAGAUCCAAUCCACAAUCUCUUUCCAAAGGCACUUCCAAGCAAGCGACACUGAUGUAAUAUUAGCCACCGUACCAAAAUCAGGCACUACAUGGUUGAAAGCCUUGGCCUUUGCCAUCGUGAGUCGCAAGCGUUUUCCAAUCUUCUCAAACGACCAUCCUUUGCUUAAAUUCAACCCCCACGAUCUUGUACCUUUCUUUGAAUACAAGAUCUAUGCAAAUGACCAGCUUCCUGACCUCUCCAACCUUCCACACCCUAGACUUUUUGGCACUCAUAUUCCUUUUGCUUCCUUGCCUAACUCCAUCAAGAAAUCUAGCUGUCGGGUGGUUUACAUCUGCAGAAACCCAUUUGACACUUUCAUCUCCUCGUGGCAUUUCAUUAACAAAAUCAAGCCACCAUCUCAAGCCCCAAUGCCACUAGACGAAGCCUUUGAAAUGUACUGCAAAGGGGUUAUUGGGUUUGGUCCCUUUUGGGAACACAUGUUGGGUUACUGGAAGGAAAGCAGAGACAGGCCCCAUAAGGUAUUGUUCUUGAAGUACGAGGACCUGAAAGAAGAUAUCAACUCUUGCUUGAAAAAAUUAGCAGAGUUCAUGGGGUUCCCAUUUUCUUUGGAGGAGGAGAGAGGUGGGAUUAUUGAAAAGAUUGCAAAGCUGUGUAGUUUUGAGAAUAUGAAGGAUUUGGAGGUAAACAAAUCUGGCAAGUCUAUAAAGAACUUCGAAAACAAGAACUUGUUUAGAAAGGGUGAUGUGGGAGAUUGGGUGAACUAUCUCUCGCCAAGGCAGGUGGAGCAAUUAACCAAAGUCGUGGAGGAGAAGUUAGGCGGUUCUGGUGUGUCGUUCAAGGUGUUUUCUUAAUAAGUACUACCACAAGCAAUACAUGUGGUCACGUUAAUUGUGCUUUAUGUAUGUGUCAUGUGUAUGAGCGCCGGCGUGCAUCCUUAUGUGUGAGAGAUUUCUAGCUGCUAGUUACCUGAUCACCUGUGUUGGACAGAAUAGGGUGAUAUUAUAGGAUAUCGUUCCAAUAAAUAUUUCAUGAUAUGCUGGCAGAGGAGAACUUCGAAAACAAGAUCAACUUGUUCGGGAAGGGAGAGGUCGGAGAUUGGAUAAACUACCUGUCGCCUAGGCAGGUGGAGCAACUAACCAAAGUCAUGGAUCGAAGAGAAGUUAGGUACGUGGCUAGCUCUGGUUUGUCAUUUAAAGUGUUCUCUUAAUUACUAUUACUGUUCCUACAACUACUACUACGAGCAUUACAUGCAUCAUCAUCAUGUGGUCUCAGCUCGAACAAUUAAUAUUGUAAUUUGUAUCCCUAUUAAUGCAAUAAUUAAUAUAUAUUUAUCUGCUUUUAUACAAGUAA